AUGACCUCUUCCAAGAUCAUUACUGUCUUUGGAGCAACUGGUGCCCAGGGUGGGAGUGUCGUACAAUCACUCCUCCAGAACAAGUCUCAGUCCUUCAAGAUCCGCGGAAUCACCCGUAACCCUGAGUCUGAAAAGGCCAAGGCUUUAGCUAACCAGGGUGUUGAAGUCGUCAAGGCUGAUGGUGCUGUUAAACAUGAACUUGUCCAGGCGUUCAAGGACAGUUGGGGUGUUUUUCUCAAUAUGAACUCGGAGGAUUCUUCUAUGAAUCAGCCGGAUGGACUUACUGAGCUUGACGUGGGCAGGCAUAUUAUAGAUACUGCUGUUGAAGCUGGAGUGGCUCACUUUGUGUAUAGUGGCUUGGCUUCUGCUUCUGAGAUCACCGGAGGGGCUAUCCCAAAUCACACUUUCGACACGAAGAAUGCUAUUGGCGAGUAUGCCAAAAACAAGGGCAGCUUUGAAACUGUAAACAUUGUCAGUGCCGGCUGGUAUAAUGAAAACCAUCUGGUGAAGGAACUCGCGCCCGCACUGGGCGGAUUCCCUUUCCAUCCCGACGGCGAAGGAUACAUAACCUUGCACAUGCCUCACUGGGGUGGCAAUGGCGAGAUCCCCUUCAUUGCGAUAGGAGAUGACUAUGGCGACCUCGUUCAUGGUAUCUUCCUUGAUCCUAAGAAGUACAACGGGCGUCUAGUCCAAGGCAUCAGCGUCAGUGAGACCCCUGAGAAGCUUGUGUCUGAAUUUGAAAAAGCGACUGGAAAGAAAGCGCGCUUCGUGCCUAUGGAAGACUGGAAGUCGCUGAACACGUAUGGCCCUACAGGUUCUGAGACGGUCAAGUACAUGUUUGGUUUCUGUCAGUAUUCUGGCGGCUUGUAUUUCGGGGUUCCGAACGAUCUUGCUCCUGCUAGUGAUCUGAAGGCGAGAGCGGCCGAGGCUAAAGGGGCUGUUGGUGAUGGGAAGCUGAUGACUCUUGAGCGCUUCUGGCAAAAGUACUUUACUUCCUGA